AUGGCACCUUCAGCUACCCACCAGAUCUCAACUGUGGCAACAGAUUUGAAGAAGGAUGUUGCUGUGAGUAAACAGCCGGAAGUCCAUGUUCAUGGCGGAGAGGAUAAAACGCCGUUGGAAGCAAUUAGUCACGGGCCUAUAAUCAUGGAGGGUAUUCCAACAUUCUCAUCGCAUGCAGAACAUCGUCGUCAUAUACUUAUUCACAUGGCUGCUGUUUUCCGCGACUUCUCUCGAAAAGGAUUUACUGAGGGCAUGUCCGGCCAUAUCUCAGUACGCGAUCCAGAAUUUCCACACUAUAUCUGGAUGAAUCCGCUUGGGAAGCACUUCGGCUUGAUGACCGCAGGUGACAUGAUAUGUCUUGAUUACUAUUCUGGGAAAGUGGUUGGUGGUAACAAUACCAGAACUGCAAAUGCAGCAGGUUUCUUAAUCCACUCAGAAAUUCAUAAAGCUCGCCCAGAUGUACACGCUGUUUGUCAUGCUCACACAGACGCAGGUCGUGCCUGGUCUGUAUUUGCUCGUCCACUUGAUAUGCUUAAUCAAGAUAUCUGUUAUCUUUACGACAGCAUUGCUGUUUACGCCUCCUACGGCGGAAUCGUCUUCGCAGCCGAAGAAGGCGAGAAUAUUGCCGCUGCUCUCGGUCCGAAGAACAAAGCCGCCAUCUUACUCAACCACGGCUUGUUAUCUGUAGGAAGCACUGUUGACGAAGCUGGGUUUCUGUUUGGGCUGCUGGACAGAGGUUGUACUAUUCAGCUCCAAGUAGAGGCGGCGAUGAGAGGUAAUCCGGAUUUGAAGAAGCACAUUGUCAGUGAUGAGGAAGCUGCUUAUAACAUGAAGAUGGCGAGUGAAAAGAAUAGCCUCUAUGCUGAGAUGCAGCCAGAUCUCGAGUAUGAGUUUGCAAUGGCAGGAGAAGGCGUUAUUGAAAAAGGAGUUGACGGAAUGAGAAUUUGGGGAGAUGCUCAAGAAUAA